AUGGUCCCUACUGCGUUGAUCCUUGGGGCGUUCGCGUUGAUCAGCGGUUGGUACGCUGCACGAAUCCACCGCGGCCCGCGCCCGCAGAUUCGCAGACGGCCUCCAGAGCCCCAUGCGCGUCCGGCCGACUCCUCUGGUCGACAGGUCCAGCGGUGGGAGAGGCCGAACGAGCUUCUUCGAUCGAUCAACGAGGAGCACGCGAAGGCGACGAAGGAGGUAGAGACGUUGAAAGAGAAGAGAGAAGAGACGGUGAAACUAGUGAAAGGCGCCGAAAAACUCGGUCUUAACCUGCGCAACUUGAAUAUUGUCAGACUAGUCGGAUCGAGUGCCGGCUUCGCAGGAGCCUUUGUUAGCGGCUUGGGAAUCGCACUGGUUUUAUUUACUGUUAGAACAACCGAUGAAACAGCUACACUGGCUGGGAUAGUGGGAGGAGGGGUGGCUGGUGUCGCGGGUACAACAGUGGCCUACAUCGCGGGCUGCUUCCGGAGUAGGUGGGAGAAUCAAUAUCGCACCAAACUGAGGGAAACGGUGAAAGAGGACAGACGGCAGUGCGUACAAGUUGGAAUCUUGUUCAAUUGUUUUGAGAAAUAUUACGUGUGUGUGGUAAAGUCAGGUAAUUUGCCUCAGGGUCUUGUAACUUCUUACAAAGCCCAGAUUAGAGCUGCUUUUUUGCAAAAGCGUAUGGAGGUACGUGCAAUUACAGACGCUAUCAAUGAUAUUAUAAACAAGCUGAAUGCUCCCGAAGAAAGAAGAAAUGGAAAAUCAACAAUAGAAUUAAUAUUGAGCAGUGGUGCUUGGGUGAAUACAGCAAUAACGGUAUGGAAGAAUUUUGGUUCUUUUGCUACUGAAAACAUCGAUCUAGUGGUGGCUGUUGCUGCUUUUCAGCUGUUGGCUACAAUUGGUGUGGGCACUCUCUUUGUGCUGAUAAGCACUUCUCUCAGUUUCAAUUCCAACUUUGCAGAAGAAAUUUGCAAGAAUUUUUCACAGUUCAGUGUUGAAGAAGAAAGGUUGUGUCGGCUGUUAGCCAGAGUGGACCUCUGUGAACCUCAUACCUUCUGA